AUGUCUUUGAGCUGCCAGCCGAUCUGCCUGACGUUCUGCUUGCUGCUGGUGCUGUUCGGAUCAGCGUACACCACUAACACAACCACUGGUCCCUCGGUGGGCACCACACCAGCUUCACUGCUGCUAAAGCAAUCCCAGAACACGUUUGUACAAUGGGUCUUAUCUCUGUUGCCGCAGCGACCCGAUGCUUCUCCAGAGCCUGUCACAAUUGCCACGCUCAGCAGCUCGGCAACGGCACCCACUGAGAUGCCAGAUGUUGCAACGCAAACUAGCACCACCACAACGGCGCCACCACCGACAACCACUCGUAAGGCCACAACGCCGGCGCCACCAACCCUAAGUCCACCUCGAAACUGCACCGAUUGCGUCUGUGGCGUGGCGAACACUCAGAAGCGCAUUGUCGGCGGCCAGGAGACGGAGGUGCAUCAGUAUCCUUGGGUGGCCAUGUUACUGUAUGGCGAACGCUUCUACUGUGCCGGCUCACUGCUCAACGAUCAGUUCCUGCUGACGGCUUCGCACUGCGUCUACGGGUUCCGCAAGGAGCGCAUUUCAGUGCGUCUGCUGGAGCACGAUCGCAAAAUGUCGCAUCUACAGAAGAUUGAUCGUAAGGUCGCCGAGAUAACCACACAUCCCAAGUACAAUGCACGCAACUAUGACAACGAUAUUGCCGUCAUUAAGCUGGACGAACCGGUGGAGUUCAAUGAGAUACUGCAUCCGGUUUGUAUGCCAACGCCAGGACGCAGUUUCAAGGGCGAAACGGGCGUUGUCACCGGCUGGGGCGCAAUCAAAGUGGGCGGACCCACUUCAGACACACUGCAGGAGGUUCAGGUGCCCAUUCUAUCGCAAGAUGCGUGCCGCAAAAGUCGCUAUGGCAACAAGAUCACGGACAAUAUGCUCUGCGGCGGCUACGAUGAGGGCGGCAAGGAUUCCUGCCAGGGCGAUAGCGGCGGUCCCUUACACAUUGUGCCCAACGGCACUCGGGAGUAUCAGAUCGCCGGUGUCGUCUCAUGGGGUGAGGGCUGUGCCAAGGCCGGUUAUCCGGGUGUGUAUGCCAGAGUAAAUCGAUAUGGCACCUGGAUCAAGAACCUCACCAAGCAGGCUUGUCUGUGCCAUCAAGAGACCAAGAAGAUCAAUGGCAAGGAUGCGCCAAUUCAGUUGCCAAUUGUCGGUUGGCCGAAAGAGUUAUUCUUCGAUACAGAAAUGAGAUACAUUUGCUUGCUCUUACUGCUGGGCCUAAGCCUGGCUGCUUCAUCCAGUUUGCGCAGCUCCUCGGAGCCAGCCCAGAUACUGGAGUCUUUGAGCAACUUACGACAGAAUAGCUUUCUCGACUGGAUCGUCUCCGCAAUGGGUCCAGAGUACACAAGUGUGCCCCCUACGCGGAAGUGUUCUGCUUGUACUUGUGGCAACAUCAAUUCACGUCAUCGCAUCGUUGGAGGCCAGGAGACCGAGGUGCACGAGUAUCCGUGGAUGGCAAUGCUCAUGUGGUUUGGUAGAUUCUAUUGUGGCGCCUCGUUGGUCAACGAUCAGUAUGCCUUGACGGCGGCCCAUUGCGUCAAUGGUUUCUAUCAUCGACUGAUCACAGUUCGACUGCUCGAGCACAAUCAUCAGGAUAGCAAUGUGAAAAUUGUGGACAGACGUGUCACUCGCGUCCUGGUGCAUCCCAAUUAUAGCACACUCAACUUUGACAGUGACAUUGCCCUCAUACGCUUCAAUGAGCCAGUGCCUCUUGGCAUUGAAAUGCAUCCAGUUUGUCUGCCAACGCCGAUGGAAACAUAUGCUGGCCAAACGGCUGUGGUUACAGGCUGGGGUGCGCUCAGCGAGGGUGGACCCAUAUCCAAUACUCUUCAAGAGGUGGAAGUGCCCGUGCUGUCCCAGCAGGAGUGUCGCGAGAGCAACUAUGGCAAUGACAAGAUCACCGACAAUAUGAUCUGUGCGGGCUACGCCGAGGGCGGCAAGGAUUCUUGCCAAGGCGACAGCGGUGGACCGAUGCAUGUCAUUGGCGCAGCGCAAUCCUAUCAACUGGCGGGCAUUGUAUCCUGGGGCGAAGGUUGCGCCCAACCCGGCUCACCUGGCGUCUACACGCGCGUCAGCAGCUUUAACGAGUGGAUUGAGGCAAACACUCGCGACUCGUGCACCUGCAACCAGUCGGGGGAGGAAUCGAGCACUCAAGCUGAAGCUGGUAGCAGCAGCUCAACGGAACAGCCAGAGAUGGUCACAGCGACCGAGAGCAGCCAGGAUCCCGAAGUACCAGAAGUAGAUUCUCGUGCUUAA